AUGCUCCGCGGCCAGACACUCCCCUGGAGAGCUGCGCUCCACCAAACGCCUCGACCUCUCCUCCGACGGCCGUUCCUUGCGUCUCCCAGAUACAAUGCGACCUUCCGAUCAACGCUAAGCUCAGCUCGACUCGGCCACUCAAUUCCCCCAUCCUCACGUGCCUUCUCUGUAAGCUCCAUCAGGCGGAGAGAGAAGCCCCCACCAGAGGACCCAACGGACGAGUCAGCAGAGGCGGAACAGAAGCAGACAACUGAGGAUCAUAAAGACACAGAGCGAACCCCCGAGUCUCGGAGAAAGGCAGCCGAUUCCGGCAAGAACGUUCCUAGUGCAGAUCAGGCUACCACGCGGAGAAAAGAUCGAUCAUCUGAUAAAGAGUCGCGCGGAGUAGAAGAGGACGCCAAAAAAGAUGCUGAUGCAGCAGAUGGCAAGGGGAGCAACACACCUCCCGCCAUCCCGCCAAGCGAUGCCCCCGCAGACUCGAAGCCCAGCGGAGCAAGCGGCGGCGGCAACAGCGGAAAUGACGAUGGAGGGAAGAAGGGCAAAAAGGGCUCUGGAGACAAGGCGCUUCAAAAGCCCGCAGUUCCAGAUGUCUACCCCCAGGUGAUGGCGAUCCCCAUUGCUAAGCGUCCACUGUUCCCCGGGUUCUACAAGGCUAUCACUAUUCGCGACCCGAAUGUCGCCGUUGCGAUCCAGGAUAUGAUGAAGCGGGGACAACCGUACGUGGGAGCAUUCUUGUUUAAAGAUGACAACGCCGACGGCGAUGUGAUCGAGAAUUUGGAUGAUGUCUACGACACCGGUGUUUUCGCUCAAAUCACUGCCGCAUACCCUCUACGGGGGCGCCACUCCCCCUCCUCCCCCGUUUCAGAGGAAAAAACGCAAGAAAAGCGCGGCGAUGUCGUCGCCAGCUUCGAAGAACCUAUUCCCGAACCCGCGCCCAAAGAUCAACACGAAGUCACCUCAUUCCUUAAGAAGCACCCUGUCAGCUUGGUCAAUGUCGAAAACUUGAUCGAAGAGCCAUUUGAUAAGAAGAACGCCAUCAUUCGUGCCGUAACGAGUGAAAUUGUCAAUGUGUGCAAGGAGAUCGCCACCCUCAACCCAUUGUUCCGCGAUCAGAUUUCUGCCUUCUACACGGAUCAGUUCCCUGGAAAUCUCAGUGACGAGCCAGCUAAACUGGCUGAUUUCGCCGCCGCGGUUUCUGCUGGUGAGCUCCAUGAGAUGCAGGAAGUUCUUGAGACAAUGAACAUCGAAGAACGUCUUCCCAAAGCCCUUGUCGUUCUCAAGAAAGAGCUGAUGAACGCUCAACUGCAAUCAAAAAUCACCAAAGACGUCGAGGCCAAAAUCCAGAAGCGUCAACGCGAGUACUGGCUUAUGGAACAGAUGAAAGGCAUCAAGAGAGAGCUUGGCAUCGAGUCUGAUGGAAAGGACAAGCUGGUUGAGAAGUUCAAGGAGAAGGCUGAGAAGCUUGCUAUGCCCGAGGUUGUCAAGAAGGUCUUUGACGAAGAGAUCAACAAGCUCGCCCACCUUGAGCCUGCUGCGUCCGAGUUCAAUGUUACCCGUAACUACUUGGACUGGCUCACUCAGAUCCCAUGGGGCCAGAAGAGCGUGGAAAACUUCGGCAUCAAGAAUGCUGUCAGUGUUCUGGAUGAAGACCACUAUGGACUCAAGGACGUCAAGGAUCGCAUUCUCGAAUUCAUCGCUGUUGGCAAACUCCGUGGAACCGUGGAAGGAAAAAUCCUUUGCCUUGUUGGACCUCCUGGUGUUGGAAAGACUAGUAUUGGAAAGUCAGUGGCUCGUGCCCUGAACCGACAGUACUACCGCUUCUCCGUCGGUGGUUUGACUGAUGUCGCAGAGAUCAAGGGUCACCGACGAACCUACGUCGGUGCUUUGCCGGGACGUAUCAUCCAAGCACUCAAGAAGUGCCAGACUGAGAACCCUCUCAUUCUGAUUGAUGAGGUGGACAAGAUCGGCCGCGGACACCAGGGUGAUCCAUCUUCUGCUCUGCUGGAGCUUCUCGACCCCGAACAAAACAGCUCCUUCUUGGACCACUACAUGGAUGUUCCCGUGGAUCUGUCCAAGGUUCUCUUUGUCUGUACUGCCAACGUGACCGACACCAUCCCCCGGCCAUUGCUGGACCGUAUGGAGCUUAUCGAGCUGUCCGGCUAUGUGGCGGACGAGAAGAUGGCGAUCGCCGAGAAAUACCUGGCACCCGCUGCCCGCGAGCUGACAGGCUUGAAGGACGUUGACGUACAGCUUGAGAAGGGCGCUAUUGAAGAGUUGAUCAAGUCGUACUGCCGCGAGAGCGGUGUUCGUAACUUGAAGAAACAAAUCGAGAAAGUCUACCGCAAGGCAGCUUUCAACAUCGUCCAAGACUUGGGCGAGGAUGUGCUGUCAGAAGAGGCAGCGCUCACCGACGAGGGCAAGGCCGCUCAGGAAGAGUCCAAGGAGCACGAGCCCGCCGACCCUGCCCAGAUUCCCGUCGAGCCAGAGAAGUCAACCACGGAGACUCCGCGAUUGGCCCUGAAGGUACCCGAAACGGUGCACCUCAGCAUCGGCAAGGGAACACUGAAGGACUACGUCGGCCCUCCAGUUUUCACUGCCGACCGUUUGUACGACCAGUUCCCUCCCGGUGUCACCAUGGGUCUCGCAUGGACCAGCAUGGGCGGCGCUGCUUUGUACGUCGAAUGUAUCUUAGAGAACGCACUCAGCCACGACUCGCGUCCUGGUCUUGAAGUCACUGGAAACUUGCAGAACGUCAUGAAGGAGUCCACCCACAUCUCCUACUCAUUUGCCAAGUCCGUGAUGGCCCGCCAAUUCCCCGAGAACCGAUUCUUUGAGAAGGCCAAGGUUCACCUCCACUGCCCCGAGGGUGCUGUUCCCAAGGAUGGCCCCUCUGCCGGUAUCACCAUGGCCAGUGCAUUGCUUUCUUUGGCCCUCAACCACUCCCUUGAGCCCACCGUCGCCAUGACUGGUGAGCUUACUGUGACCGGAAAGGUCUUGCGGAUUGGAGGCUUGAGAGAGAAGACCGUGGCUGCUCGUCGUGCUGGUGCCACGAAGAUCCUCUUCCCUGCGGACAACACGUCUGACUGGCUUGAACUUCCUGAGAACAUCAAGCAAGGCAUCGAAGGACAUCCCGUGAACUGGUACUCCGAGGUAUUUGAUAUCCUCUUCCCCAGCCUCAACCAGGAGGCUGCACGCACGGUCUGGCAGAAGGCACUAGCCAAGCCCGAGAAGGGCAGCCAAGACGAGUGA